AUGUCCAUCGGUUGCCUCGCCGCAGUCGUCCUCCUCCUGUCGCUGCUUCACCUUCAGAUUGCACCUGCCGACGCCGGGGACGAUGCUGCGGCGCUGCUCGGCUUCAAGCACGCGUCAGUAGCCGUUGACCAGCGCGGAGUGCUGGUGGGCUGGGUCAACGACACCUCUAGCAGCUCGCCGUGCACAUGGACGGGCAUCUCUUCUGGAUUGCCGCCAAGUCUCGCGAAUUGCCGCCGCCUGGAGAUGCUCGACAUGUCAAGGAAUAAGCUCUCGUCCAGCCUCAUACCAGCUUUCUUGGGGAACUUUCCAUCACUCAGGAGACUAAAUUUGGCAGGAAACAGGUUCUCUGGUGAGAUACCAGACAGCUUAAGCCUGUUGUGCGACACUUUGGUUGAGCUAGAUCUGUCGAGCAACCAGCUUAUCGGCAGCUUGCCAACAAACUUCACAGAGUGCGUGUCACUUAAGCUGCUCGACCUUGGUAGCAACCAGCUUUCUGGGGAUUUCGUGGCCACCAUCAUCAGCGGCGGCAUGCCGUCCCUCCGUGUCCUGAGGCUGCCAUUAUUCAACGACAUCAAAGGAGCAAACCCAUUGCCUUCGCUGGCGACUGGCUGUCCAUUGCUUGAGGAAAUCGCCCUUCAUGGGUCCAAUUUACUCGACGGGGAUAUAAUGCCUGACUUGUGCUUGUCAUUGUCAUUGCCGAUGCUACGGAAACUCAUACUCCCAAAUAACUACCUCAGUGGAAGGAUACCGCCAUCGCUUAGCCAUUGCGCCAAUCUACAAGUGAUCGAUCUCAGUUUCAAUCUGCUGGUUGGUCCAAUUCCAGCUCAAGUACUGCAACUUCCAAAGCUUGUUGAUCUGGUCUUGUGCGCAAACAGCCUCUCUGGUGAGAUACCAGACAUGCUAUGCUCCAACGGAACUGCACUGGAGACCCUGGUGAUGAGCUACAACAACUUCACCGGGAGCAUCCCUCCGUCCAUCAUCAGGUGUGUCAAUCUCAACUGGCUAUCCCUCGCCAGCAAUCAACUCACUGGCAGUGUGCCUCUGGGUUUCAGCAACCUCCAGAAGCUUGGCAUACUGCAGCUCUACAAGAAUUCACUCUCCGGCUUCAUCCCCGAAGAAGAACUUGGCCGUUGUAACAACCUCAUCUGCCUUGACCUCAACAGCAACUACUUCACCGGCACGAUACCACCUCAGUUCGUCGCCAGGGGCGCUAUCUCAGGGAAGAGGUUUGCAUUCCUCCGAAACGAGGGCGGCAACAUAUGCCCUGGUGCUGGCUUGCUGUUUGAGUUCUUGGACAUCCGGCCACAGCGUUUGGCUGAAUCCCAAGCUGCUAAAUUUUGCCCUUCGGCAAGGAUAUACGUUGGCACCACAGCGUAUUUGUUCCGCAGCAACGGGAGCAUGGUUUUCCUCGACCUCUCAUACAAUGGCCUGACCGGCACAAUCCCAGCGAGCUUGGGGAGUAUGCUGUACCUUCAUGAACUUAAUUUAGGCCAUAACGACCUCACGGGUGCAAUCCCAGAUGCAUUCUCCGGGCUGAAGAGCAUUGGUGCACUAGACCUCUCACACAAUCACCUCAAUGGAACCAUUCCUCCGGGCAUUGGUGCACUGAGUUUUCUCGCGGACUUUGAUGUCUCCAACAACAACCUGACUGGUGAAAUCUCGAAAUCGGGGCAGCUCAUGACAUUCGCUGCAUCACGCAUAUAUGACAAUAAUUCUGGCCUCUGUGGCAUCCCUUUGCCUCCCUGCAAACGGGUUGACAGCGGAGGAGAGGAGCCCCAAGAUGUGACUGAUGAUGGGCAGCUGGUGAUCGUCCUAGUGAUAAAAGAUGUGUCCAUCAUGUCAGCACUACCACAUUUGGUUUGA